AUGCACUUCAAAGUCAUCCCGGCGCUUCUUAUGCUGGCCCCGGUCGUUCUGGCCAACCCCGUUGCAACUGAUACCGCCGACCUCUCCGCUUCCGAGACCGAUGAACUGAACGAUGCUCUCGCGAAUAUUCCCAGCUCGAUCCUGACCGUGCUGGCGACCGCUAUCCCCCAAUCCUGGUACAUGGACCUCCUGGACCCGGCUUCCCAAUCCGCCUUCCUGAGCGAGGCCUCGGCCGGUGUUUACCCAGACUGGUACAGCGCACUUCCGUCCAGUGUCAUCGCCUGGGCCAGCUCCGCUGCAGAGAAUGGCGAUGACUUCCUGUUCGGAAGCGCGACUGCCACUGACGAGAGCGCGAGCGGUUCCACUCCCACUGGCUCUCGCAGCUCUGCCAGAACUGCCUCUGCCACUGCCACUGCUACCCAGACCAAGACCGACUCUGAGUCCAGCACUGAGUCCAGCACCGAGUCCAGCACUGCGACCAACUCCAACACUGAUUCUACCACCGCCACAUCAGAUGCUAAGUCCUCAGAGACUGCUUCUAACACUGCUUCCAGCGCUGCCUCUUCCACUCACGCAUCCGAGACCUCCACUGGCGGUGCUCCUCUCGCUACUGGAAGUGUCGCCAUGAGCCUUGCUGGUGCUGCUGGCUUGCUCGGCCUUAUUGCCGUACUCUAA